GCUCCAGGAGGAUGUGGCUCUUCGCCGUGGCGACAACUUUCUGGGGACUGCGGCUGGCGCCGGGAUUUGCUCUGCAAAUACAGUGUUACCAGUGUGAGGAAUUUCAGCUAAAUAAUGAUUGCUCAGCCCCAGAGUUCAUAGUAAAUUGUACGGUGAAUGUCCAAGACGUGUGUCAGAAGGAAGUAAUGGAACAAAGUUCAGGGAUCCUGUAUCGCAAGUCUUGUGCAUCCUCCGGUGCUUGCCUCCUGACUUCUGCUGGAUACCAGACUUUCUGUACUCCAGGGAAAAUAAACUCAGUUUGUAUAAGUUGCUGCAAUACUCCACUCUGCAAUGGGCCAAGGCCAAAGAAGAGGGGAAAUUCUGGCAGGAUGCCCAGGGCUGGUAUAUUAACAACCAUACUCCUCUCUAGCUUGGCCUUUUUAUCUCCAGGAUACUGCUGAACUUUGAGGAGGACUUCUUUGCUGGUUUUGC